UUAAAUGUAACAACAGUAGCGAGGUUACUAGAAGCCUGAAGAACAGUGUGUUUUGAGGGGUUGUUACUACAAUAAGCUUCAUAUACUCCUUUUAUUAAGGAAUUUUCUGGUUCCAUUAGCUAUGGUGAAUGUGUUAAAGGGAAUCCUCAUUAAAUGAACCUUAUUGACGAGCAAUACGAAAAGGUGUAUUACAAUCAGAAGAGCAGUUUGGAGUAAUACGUUAAUUUAUUAUGACAACACGUGAGUCAGGUCGACUGAAGGAUGCCUCAGCAAGGCGUAUUCUGGAUGACAGUGCAAGAAGGCGGAGAGCACGCAAAGCUCUGGAGGCGCUGGAACAAGAUAAUUUUCAUGAUGAUCCUCAUGCUAAUCUGGUUAUGAGUAAGAAAGCGCCAAAAUUUGAAGAAUCUCUAGAUGGGACUAGGCAUAAAGAUCGUAAAAGGAAAACUAGGAGCACCGAGUAUUUCAAGCAAAGAUUUCGAAAGAAUUUUCCCAUCCUGCUUGAAGAAGAACAAGCUCUUUAUCCCGAAGGACCAAACUACCUUACAGUGCAAGCACCACCUUCCAAGCUACCUGAAAGGCACCUCUGUGCAGUUUGCGGUUUUCCUGCACCUUAUACCUGUAUUCCAUGUGGUGCACGAUACUGUUCCACAAAAUGCCUUUCUACUCAUGAAGAUACACGAUGUCUGAAGUGGACAGCAUAAGUUUAUUUUUUAAAUAAUCCUGCCUUAUACAUUAAUUAAAAAAUAAUGAGGAUGCAUUACUAAAUUUUAAAACUGGUCAGUUUAAAACUACAUGCCAAUAUUACAUUAAAAGAGUA